AUGGGAACCGUUUCGAUCGAUGCUCGAUCAGUGGACGCGAGUGAAAGGCGAGUCCAGCUGGGUGGAAGUUCUCAUGCCGCGAGAUCCUCGAACGAAGAUCCUGAGCCGGAUGAAUCGGACGCCGUCGGCAACGAGGGCCGUAUUCGGGGUGCGUUGUACCCGACCUCGGCCGAGGAUCAGGAGGGAAAUGGUCGACGAUUUCCGCCGCAGGACGCUGAACCACGCGGUCAAAUAUUGAAGCUCGGCUACUUCCCGAAAGGGAAACGGAACACCAAGUCUGGGAAAAAAUCCGCUCGUUGCAAACGUCGCGUCACGUUCGCCUUGUGA